UCACUUAGAGCUUGCUGCUAUCGAACGGUUGUCUGCGCCCGCUUGUUUUAAUAAUAUAUUCGCGUAAAUUUCUAUUUUAUGUUGUUGUUUUUGCAUGAUACAAUAAAAAGCUUGUUGUGAUUUUUUGUGUUUGUUGUCUAAUAUAAAGUAGCUGCUGUUGCCUUGAACUUGGAAGACGGUCUAACGACAUUCGUUGCAGAACCACCAUUUCAAACGUAAUCUUUUAUUUACACUGCCUACCUAAUAAGCGAUCAAACGCAACAAUCUAAGUGCCAUUUGUGAGUCUACGCCAAGUCUGACCUCAGUUUUUGUAGAGCAAUUGUAUUAAAAUCAAAUCUAAAAUCAUGUCGCAAAAACGUGCUGCUGGUCUUGUUGGAAAAUUGGCCGAGAACCUAAAGAGCAAAGAAUUCAGGGAAUAUUUGAUGAGCACACAUUUUUGGGGUCCCGUUGCCAACUGGGGUAUUCCAAUUGCUGCUUUAGCUGAUAUCAAUAAGGAUCCUAAAUUUAUAUCUGGCCGCAUGACCCUUGCUCUCACUUUGUACUCCUGCUGUUUCAUGCGUUUCGCUUGGAAAGUUCAACCUCGCAAUAUGCUGUUGUUCGCCUGUCACAUAACUAAUGCCACGGCACAGUCGAUUCAGGGCAUCCGUUUUAUCAAUUACAACUAUUUGACGAAAAAAGAUGACAAACAAGUUGCGGCAGCAUAAGGCCGACCAACAAACGCCAAUUGUGAAGUAAAGCUACAAACAGGGACACAGAUAUAUCGAACAAUUUUUGUUUUGCUUCCUUUUUUUUUUUGAAUUAUCAAUAAGACAAUUGUACAAACUAUUUUAUUUGUGACAAAGACAUAAGAUAAUAUUUCCCGAGGAAAUUUAACAACAACAACAAAUAUGCAAACUAUUAUCAACUGUUGAUCGAUCUAAUCAUUCUUCAGGGAAUCACAUCUGUUAAUAUUGUUUUGUAAUUCAUACGUACAAUAACAUUACAUCUUCUUAUAUAGAAUUACAUUAAGCUACCUGCAUAGAUAAUACGAAAACAAAAUAAACAAAUUUUUGAGUAGUCUUAAAAUAAAUAAAUCUAAUUGACAGACAA